AUGUGGUGCAAUGCAAAACUCGUCAUGGUUGUUUUGAGUAAUUUGCAUCAAAAAGCCAAAGAUCUCUUUAAGUGCAUAACCCCAAAAGAGAUCUUCUACAUCUUCACCUUCACUAUCCUCACCCUCCUCUUACCUAUGUCGUUUCUGCUACUGGCGAAAUUCUCCGAUGCACAAUACUAUCUUCAAACACUCACUUGGUACCAUUCACCUCAGCACAUUCCCUAUGUUUUAACACUUCCCCUUCAGGUCCACCCUGUCAUUCUCCACGUUCUUGUGUCCGUUAUUAGCAUGGCUUCGUUCAUCCACGUUUUGACCGGAAAAAUCAUGACUUUGAGUGACCCUUCAUCACCGUCAAGUACUGUUGUUCAACCUCGUCUCUACACUGCGUGGAUUCUCCUUUGCACGUUCCAAGUUUGCGUUGGUUUGGGCAUUGAGGGGAGUAUUGAGGCGGGGUUAUAUGACUCUGAUGAGUCGAGUUUUGGCGUUGAGAGAAGCUUGUUUAGCAGAGUGGCUUUCCUCGUGGGGUUGCACCAGACGACGCAGGUUUGGGCCAGGAUGGUGGUGAGGCCUGUGGUGGAUGACACGGUGUUUGGUGUUGAGAGACAAGUAAGAUUGGUGGAGAGGGUGGUGGUGGCGGCGAGCUUGGGUGCGUUGUGGUGGUGGAGGUUGAGGGAGGAUGUGGAGAGUUUGGUGGUAAUGGUUGAGGCGAACAAAGAGCAAUUGAUGGAUGUGAAAGUGAGUGACUUUGUUGGGUGGUGGCUCUACUAUCUUACUGUCACAAUUGGGAUGGUCAAGCUUGUAAGGGGUCUUAUAGGGAUGUGCACAAUUUGUGUAUGCAGUAGAAGUGCAACCAUUUUCAAGGUGGAACACUGUGAGAUUGACGAUAAGGUGUAA